AUGAACUCCCUCCUGGAGAACUUCCAGAAGAGGAGGUUCCUCCCAUCAAGGCCACUGCAGGACGACCUUCCCGUGUCCCGGGCGGCGGCGGCGGAGGCCAAGAUCGGCCUGAGGAGAAGGCUCUCCUCCUCCGUCAGCAUCCAGUCGCUUUCCUCGGCGGCGGCGGCCUCCUCCACAUGGGCCUUCCGGCGAUCCAAGUCCAUGUCCUCCGUUGGAGAGCUCGCCGGAGGAUCCCUUAGGAGGUGGUGGGACUGGGGCUGGGGAUGGGUACUCUCCCGGAAGCCCUCCUUCACCCGCGAUCUCGAAAUGAACGACCAGGAGACGGCGCUUCUCGGCUGCCACAACAAGGGCAGCUUGCGGCACUUCUUCUACAAGGUACGCUCGGAGCUCAUGAGGAUCGUCGGCUCCGGCGGCGAACCCGCCGACAACUACGCCCAUCACUUCCACGCCGCCGCGAAGGCCGACGGCUGA